UUAUGGAUCGUCUUAACCCAUCUUCAAAAGAUUGUAUAGUUCCACUAAUUGAAGAAAAUUCUCCCUGUCUUUGUAAUAAAUAAUAUUUAUAAAUAGAAAUAAACAAACCAGAGAUUGAUCCUCACUUUUUAUUACCACAAUUUACAUAAAUGAUGUAGAAUCCAGACUUCUUUCUUUAAACUGUUUAAUUAGAGUAAAUAAAGCAAAUGUAGUCAUCAUUCUAUUCAUAAAUGAAUAACAUCCCACUAAUUUAAGAAGAACCUAGAGUUAUGGAUUUGUUUACCCAACAACUUUUAUAAUAAUAACUUAUGUUAAAUGCAGCAUUACUAAAUCAAUUCUAAGUAAAAUAGAUUAUUAAUUAGGGUAUUGAAAAUAUCAAUUAUAGUCAAACAAAAGAUCUCGGGGAUAAUAAAAUAAAAAGAAAACAUAUUAAAAAAUCACAUAAUCCUUAGUUUAAUAAUGGUAUUUUUAUAUUUUUAAAUUAAAGGUCAUUGGAGUGCUUAAGAACAUUAAGUCUAUUUAACAUUUUUAUAAUAACAUAGAGAUGUUAUGGAAAGUUCAGAGUUAAAAAAAACAAAUAAAAUUUUUAAACUCAUGUCUGAUAUUAUUAAGUCUAGAUCUCCUUCAUAAUGUCGUUCUCAUCAUUAAAAAUUCAAUCCUUAUUCAAAAUAUUUAGUAAAUGUAAGUUGCAUUAUUUAAAUUAGAAUAAUAUUGUAAGAAGAAAGAUGAAAGAAUAAAUGUUGAGUGAUUCUAAACAAUAAAAAUAAUCUUAAUAAGAGAAUGAAAAUGUUGAGCAAUCUUAAGAUUCAAAUUAAAAGUAGUUCUAAUAGUAAUAGCAAGUUUUGAAUUAAAAAAUGGAAUCUUAAUAAUAAUUAAUGGAAUCAAAUGUGAGAGAUGAUCAAUAAUAACUUAGUGGUUAAGAAUGAU